AACGCGACAGUACGUAACGCGGGAGGAAAAAGUUCCGUUCGUGGUGCAGGGUCGUGUUGUUUUGGUGGUUAAUUUUUUUUAUUUAUUUUUUUUUGGCUCUUUUUGUUGGUUCCAGAAAUCUGUGUUUACGUCAGCUUUUGCCAUGCCGUAUGCCAAUCAGCCGACGGUGAAAAUUACAGAGCUGACGGACGAAAAUGUCAAGUUUGUAAUUGAGAACACCGACUUAGCGGUGGCCAACUCACUACGCCGUGUAUUCAUGUCAGAAGUGCCGACAAUAGCCAUUGACUGGAUUCAAAUCGAUGCAAAUUCUUCUGUUCUCCAUGAUGAGUUCAUCGCGCACAGAGUUGGUCUUAUCCCCCUGACCAGUGAUGAUAUUGUGGAUAAAAUGCAGUACUCCAGGGACUGUACGUGUGAUGAUUUCUGUCCCGAGUGCUCAGUUGAGCUUACGCUGGAUGUGCGCUGCACUGAAGAUCAGACACGACAUGUGACCUCCAGAGACCUCCUAUCCAACAAUCCCAGGGUCAUCCCAGUGACCUCCAGGAGUCGGGACAAUGAUCCUAAUGAUUAUAUUGAACCAGAUGACAUUUUGCUGGUGAAACUGCGGAAGGGUCAAGAGCUGCGUCUCAGGGCUUAUGCUAAGAAAGGUUUUGGCAAAGAGCAUGCGAAGUGGAACCCCACAGCUGGCGUGUCUUUCGAGUAUGACCCAGACAAUGCUCUGAGACACACAGUGUACCCACGCCCAGAAGAAUGGCCCAAGAGUGAAUAUUCAGAAAUUGAAGAAGAUGAAGUUCAGGCACCCUAUGACCCUAAUGGCAAACCAGAGAGGUUCUACUACAAUGUAGAGUCAUGUGGUUCAUUGCGACCGGAGACCAUCGUCAUGUCCGCUUUGGCCGUUCUCAAGAAAAAACUUAGCGACCUGCAAACACAACUGAGCCAUGAGAUCCAAAGUGACGUGCUCACCAUCAACUGAGAAGUGCUGCAGAUGUGAUAGCAUAGAUCUAUCUACUGACACCUGGACUGAUAGAUGUUUUCCCUGACUAUGUACGGGAAGCUGCACCUCAACUCAGUAUUCAGUCAGUCCCCAUUGAGAUCCAUUCCAGUAUGGCAUUCGCACUUUUGUGUGAAUAUUAAUUUUUGGAGUGUCUCGGGAACUGGGGUUAAAAAUUCCCUGCUACCACUUUUCUCAGAUGUUUCUUUCUAGACUUUUUGUAUGGGGGGGGGGAUGGCAUACAGAGCUGGUUUAAGCACAAAUGUUAAACUGUUUAUUGCAGCCAUAAAAUAAGAGCUGUAAAACAUUAAGCUCAGUGGGUAUAUGCUGUUUGGCUUGGGUUUUUUUGGGUCACUUAUUUACUGUCAGCUGUAAAAUAAAAUGACAACUUUUUAUAUAACCAAGAUGUUUGAUUAAUCACAUAACCUAUUAAUGUAGUUUGUUGUAUGUAAACUACAACACUGCAGUUACUCUGUGAUUGGUUAAUAAUCACAGUCAAUAGUUUGGCUGCCCACACAUGUUUUUUUUGGUAUUUAGACCUGGUUCUCAUGAUAGUACAUGGAAAAAUAGAUGUGUAGGUGAGACCCAGAAGCCUUUAUAGUUGUUAGUGGUCAUUGACUGCUCUCUCUGACUUCAGAUUCUCUGUAACAGGGUGUCCAAAAAACCGACAGACCGUUCUUGCAUUUGCUCUUAUACCUUUUUCUCUACAUAAGUAAUGUUGGCAAACCAGUAAUUAUGUGCAGUGAGCUGGUCUUGAAAUCCAAAAGUUUUGGUCUCCUAACAGGCUCAAGAGUUUUGUUUCCUUUCCCCUCCUCCCUUGUAGCUUUUUGUCCAUGUAAUAUCCCAAGAAAUUGUUUCUUUGAACAAAAGCAUUAUAUGGUGCUGAUUGUAAUUUGUAUCUAUGUGUGAAAUUCUGGGUCUAAUUGGCUUAUGUAUCAUGUCUUAAACACUUUUCUUAAAUGAUUGUACAGUGGUAAGAGCUCUGCAAUAAGGAUGUUGAGGAAUUUGCUAUAUAAAGCCAUGCUAAAUUUAUUUUAAAAUAAAUUAUGUAAUAUUUUCCCUUUAAAAAUGAGCGGCAUGGUUUAAUAUGAGCACACAAAUUCAAGCUCCAAAAUGUGACAAUUUACACAAUGUUUUUGACUUUACUGACAACUUUGUCAUUGUUAUCCAGUGCAACUGUAAAGAAUGCUCAUUAAAAACCUGCAAAGUUACUUGGUGCUGGA